GCUGUGUCGAGCGGUGUAGAGGCGCGCUUCGUUUAAGGAUGAACUCAAGCAAUUUGCAAUCUUUAGAAUGUGUAUUCAACACUUCGUUGGUUAGUUUGAGACGAUCAGUCUCAAGGGAAAUUUCUGCCUCUGUUUCUAAAAUACGACAGCAUUUCCGUAGUGUUCAAAGCGAAUUUGAUCAUGAAAUUACUCGUGUGCGUAAUCAAAAUAAAGCUCUCGUCGGAAAGCUGCAGCAAAUGGAGGAAAUGAUAAGAGGAAAAGAGAUAGAAAUAUAUGGAUUACGCCAUCAAUUACAAAGCUUCUCGACUGGGCGGGGUGCGUGUUCUAAUUGCUCUCACCCAUCCGUCGCAACGAUUAACUCGGGAGAUUCCUCGAAAGUAAGGAACAACUUACUAAAGGACACUGUCUUCAACCCUACCAACAAACGGCCACUUAUGACAAUUUCAUCAUCGAUAUCAGAAGGUCUGUCAGAAUCUAAUUUGAGUAGUCGUAUUCAACAACCUAUAAAAAAACGUCCGUGUGUACUAGUGAAUGAUAUUGAGAUCUCUGAUGUAGAAAACAUUAACAACACAACACCAAAAGGUGUUCGUAAAUCCCCUUCUGGAGCACCUGAUGAAAGUCAAUCUGAAGGCGAAGUGUCUAAAAGCGAAUCUACAACACUUACUAAUAGCGUUUUUCCUGUUGGUUCCCUAAGCCCACCAUCCCAAAUGUAUGAUGCUUCCUUAGCAAUAAAAAAUGCUAUCAAUCACAAUGAUUUGGCCGAUUAUGAUGCUACUUACAAAGAUUCUUCCAUGUCGGAUUUCUCACAUGUUAAUAAUAAAGGGAACAAGUUAGAGCCUUCACCUAUGAACCGAAGUGGACCUGUUGGUGCGGAAUUCCUUCCAUAUGUUAAAAACCUCAAAAAGUUAACAGGACUGAAUGGCUCUGAGAAGGUACAGGUUUCUUGUUAUCGACCAAAACGUGUGCAUCGACCGUCUUGUCGUUACUUUCAUCAUACAGUCGCCGAUAAAGAAAAAAAGCACGAAAAACAUAAAUCUGAUGAUACUGGCGAUGAUAUAAGUUUGCCUUCUGGUUUCCUUGAAUCUGAAAUGUCAGCAGUUGAUGUCCCACCGAAAUCCACUACUAGCAAUGCAUCAACAAAGGGCAAACGUAAUAAAGCAAAAUCUUACUUUCCAUCUAUUGGUGGUUCACCGACUCGUGACGAGCCAAACUUCAAGUUCCCACAUCCUCCGCAACGUACAACCUUGGUUGCCAAAAAGCCACUUCAUGUCGCCAAUAGCAUUGAUGCAAAGGAUUUGAAUCAGACUGAUGCAAACGAUGCAUUUAAACAGUAUAAUACAAAUGAAGAGAAUAGUGAUGGAAAUACUGUUUUCCCAUGUGACUGCUGUGAUCAAGUCUUUAAACAUAGAGUCUCUCUUUGGCGUCACAAAAAAUGUGCUCAUACUAAGAAAUCUACUCGGAGAUCAUCCAAUCGAACACCACCAUCAACACCAGAUGGUUUUUGGAAUCUUGACCUAGAACAAUCUGACAAAGAGAAAGAGAAUGUUCCGGUUACAAAUAAUAAUGAAAGUAAAGUGAAUAUUCAAUACUCUUCUCGACGCCGUCGACCUUUAAGCUUCCCUUCAAUUGAAACUUCUGCCUCACCAAUCUCAUAAGAUUCUUCCAUAAUCAUUUGUCAUUUAUUUUUUAUCGGCUUUCUAUCAUUUAGCCAACAAACCCUGUAAUCGUUUAGUUGUAACUUAUUUUUUAAACAUUUCUACAAAUAAAGUAUCUA